CCCUGCCAUAAAAGUAUUCGAUCGAGAGUGCUGUAAUAUCACCAUAUUAUCACGCGUUUUGUUUUAAACGUUUGUCGUUACUUAUUUCGCUUUUUUGAAAAUAAACAAUGGUAGAUUGGAGUUGGUCGAAAAAUGCAAAGAAAAUCUAUUUCAAAUAAGGGAAAUUUUCCAGUGGCAAGAACAGCCCUUGAGGACAUUAGAGAUGAUGUUAAGGAAGAGCCAGUCAGUCCUUUAAAUGAUGACAGUGAAAUAUGUAUCACAGGUGAUGAUAAAACUUGUGUCCAAAGCAACAAGAGGAGAACAGCACACACUGUGGCAGAACAAAAACGAAGAGAUGCAAUAAAGAAAGGCUAUGAUGAUCUUCAACAAAUUGUUCCCACAUGCCUUGGGGAAGAUUCUUCUGUCAGUCCGAAAUUAAGUAAAGCUGUGGUUUUGCAGAAAACAAUCGAGUAUCUCAGGUCCAUAUUGGAUGAAAAAGAUCAACAACAACAAGAGAUCGACACUCUGAAGAAAGAAGUUUUGGCUCUUAAAAUUAUGAAAGCAAACUAUGAACAAAUAGCCAGUUCCACUUACACACCGGGUAUGGGUUCUACUAGCAAUGCAAUAACAGAAGAAGCUAAAUUUAACUUGUUUAAAAGAAUAAUGGACGCGCAAUUUGUCACAUUCAACAAUGCUGCUCACGUGACGAGCUUUUCCGCCCUAUCCGCGUCCAUUUUUAAAUGGUUAGAAGAGGAAUGUAAGCCACAGAAGUUACAAGAAAUUGUGGUGGAAUCUUUGCAGAAUACAAAAAUCAAUGGGAUUUAAUGCCAGGUUAAUUGACUUUGACGUCGCAAAUGUCGAAGGAGUUUUGAACUAAAAUAUGGUGACAUUUGUUGCAUGUACGCUUGGAAGUGGAAUCACUUGAAAUUUUGGCUUCAAAAUCCAUGACAUAGAAACUGUUUAUUUUUCACUAUAAUGCUUUUAACUUCAUUCUGUUGCUUUAUCGCUUAAAACUCUCAGAUCAUCAA